CAUAAACAAAAGGAAGUAUCCAAACUCCACCACAUGAACACCAUUCGGUUAUGGAGGGACUGAUUUCUCUUCCCGCACUAACAGAGUAAACAUUUUGACCUUGCAGCUCGCCAACGAUGGCAGAAACGGAGGAACCCCCCACCAUACCCUUUAAGAAUCUCAGUAACAGAGAGUACCAGGGCCACAAGAAGAAGGUGCAUUCUGUGGCUUGGAACUGCACGGGGACGAAGCUCGCGUCGGGUUCUGUUGAUCAAACCGCUAGGGUUUGGCACAUUGAGCCCCACGGACAUGGUAAGGCUAAAGAUAUUGAAUUGAAGGGGCACACAGACGGUGUGGAUCAGCAGUGUUGGGACCCCAAGCAUGCUGAUUUGAUUGCCACUGCCUCUGGGGACAAGACGGUUCGUCUUUGGGACGCUCGGAGUGGAAAAUGUGCACAACUAGCAGAACUUAGUGGGGAUAACAUUAAUAUCACCUAUAAACCUGAUGGGACACAUCGCCGUUGGUAA